AAACUUUAACGGAUAAACAACGAGAAAAAUCGAGAGCGGCUCAAGAAACGAAUAAACUUUUAAAAUAAAAUUACUUUUGUGUAUUUUUCUUGUGUGAGUGCACUUUAAACAGUUUUUAUAAAGAGGCGCGCAUAAUUUAGCAUGCAGAUGUCUAUUUAACAUUGUUUCUAAAAACCAACAAGUGUGUGAAGUGUAAAUUAAAUUUGCAACAGAAAGGAAAAACAAGAACAUUUAACAAAAUUAGUUUCUAAAAGUAAUGUGAAACUGUGUGUGUCAUUUGCAAAAUAAGAAUAAAUGGACCUGAAAAAUAUUUAAAAUUAAACAAAACCGAAUAUAAUUAAUAACAAAGAAAAGAAUAAAAUAAUAUUUUAAUGUAAAAAACAAAUUAGUAUGGAUUUUCAAUGCUUUUAACAAUAAAUAGUAUGUGGUGAAAUGAAAAUUGUUUUAUGAGAAAUAAACAGCUUAAAACAGUUAUAAUUCCUGUGUAGAAUGUUUAAUAUGUGAGAGUGUGUGGAUUUUUUUUUGCAUAUAAUCAGAAAGAAUAUAAUGAAAAAUAAAAGCAACAACAAUAACAGCAAAAGUAUCUAAAAUAUCAAAACAAAGUGUUUGCUGCUUAAGUCUUUCGUUGUAAAUUCUUGUAUUUGAGACUUCAAUGUAAACAAUCUAAAUAAACUUGAUUUAAUGUUGUUGUUGUUUUAGUGAGUUUUAUUUCUCAUAUAUGUAUCAUUCAUUAUUAUUUAUAUGAAUUAGUUGUUGUCGUUCUUGUGUAUGUACACUUGUAUUAAAUUGUUGCUGUUUUUCUAAACACUUGCUUAAAAAAUUGUUGUUUUGUUUGUUUAUUUGGAAUUUCAUGCGUUUUGCACAAAUGUAAAGAAAGGAACCAAAAGAAAAGCGGUCACGCGUUCCAAUAAACAGUAAUAAAGAAUUUAUGGCUUAACUAAGCUUUCAUGAUUUACCAUUGUAAUUCCAAUAAUAUAAAAAAAGGAAAAAGCACAACAUAUUUUCUCUAAAUUAAAUGAUGGCCACCUCAUUAUUCACCGAUUGCAGCAGCAUGCAGGGCUCUACCACUAGUUCAUCUAGUGACAUGAUGACUCUUACCACAGCCGCCUCUUCAUGGUGUGCUAUACCAGCAUCAACUCGCAUCCGUUUGAUACGUUUGUUAAGACCUCAUAGUCGCCGUAUAUUGGUAACACCGGGCGCUGUACCCUCUUAUGGUUUCUCUGUAAGAGGUGGCAAGGAAUUUAGUACGGGAUUUUUUGUAUCCAGUGUUGACCGCAAUAGCGAGGCCGAACAGAAGGGUUUAAGGAUUGGUGAUCAAAUAUUGCGUAUUAAUGGAUUUAGAAUAGAUGAUGCCAUACACAAAGAAUUUGUGCAACUUGUUAGCCAUCAAGAACGUUUAACACUAAAAGUACGCAGUGUUGGCAUGUUGCCGGUAAAAGACAAAGAUAACGAUGGUCUUACCUGGAAUGUAGUCAAGACACCCAGUAUUAGUUCCACCAACUCCGAAUGUUCUUAUCAAUCGUCGGAGCGUACCGAACGUGCUCACAGCCGUAAUCAAGGUGAACGUGUUAUAAAUGUGGUCCUUAAUGUAGCGCCACGCACUAAAUUGGGUCUGGGUAUUUGUAAGGGACCCGAGUGGAAACCGGGUAUAUUUGUACAAUUUACAAAAGAGAAAAGUGUGGCACGAGAGGCAGGCUUAAGACCAGGUGAUCAAAUUUUGACGGUAAAUAGUAUAGAUUUUUCAGAUGUACUAUUUAGUGAAGCGGUGGCAGUUAUGAAGAGUUCAAAUAAAUUGGAUAUGACAGUACAUACUGGAGCUGGUUGUGAUCUAUUUCCCGGAGAAUCAAGUGGUUAUAAUAGUUCAGCUAGUUCAGUAACCGGAGAUCAAAGUCCCUGCUGGGCUGAUGUGAAAUCGAAGAGAUUAACUGCUGUCAGAGAGGAAAGUUCAAAUGGAGCAAAUUGGAAUCAACCUUUGUAUGCCAAUGAGCAGCGUAGAUGUCGUUCAAAAUCCAUAACCGAAAGAAGUGCUAAUUCGAAUUUAAUGGCCGCAACAAAUUUACCCGUAAGACAAAAUUCCAGCACAGCUGCGGCAACGAACUGCACAGCACAGACAAAUGUUAAAAAGGAAAUUAAUAAAACUAUUAUUAAAUUAUCUGAAAAUGGUGCUACUUCUAUUAACAAUACAUUUGUGGAAAAUGCCACGCCUUCCUCGAGCACAGGCACCAUAAGGAAAACUCUGAGCCCCACACAAAAGGAAAACCGAGAAGAACCAGCUGCUAUGGAAGGCACCCUAACGAAAUUUAAUCAAUCACCCAAAACUCCCAACAUAUUACCACCUCCACCACCCAUGGCCAUGUUAAAUCACACACAACAUCAGCAGCAGCAUCAGCCACAAAAUCAUUCAUACAAUUUUGAUAUGAAUUCAAAUUCUGCAGCAUCAACAUCUUCUUGCAGCAACGCUUUCAACAAGUGUUUACCACCUCACGAUGAUGGCGAUAUUAAAAUUGGUGGCGUGGCUGCCACCAUGCAACGUUAUCAAUAUGCCAAUCUGCAAUUGGCUAAAUUGAAUAAAGCAGCGGCGACCACAACAACAUCCGGCGAUAGCUCAACAUACUCAAAUAUGAAUUUGAAUAUGGAAAGUGAGAAAUCGUCUGGUGGUUUUAACGAUGGAGGUAGUCUUUCAAGUGCCAUUACAGAGGAACUUAAGAAGAGAAAAGCGAGACGUCAACCUCCCGCCUUUAAAGAACAUGCUCCACAUAAUGAAAUGAAACCACUACAAUACGAAAUGAAACGUGAGAACAAUAAUAAUCAUCAACAACAACAUCAUCAUCAUCAGCCAACAAGUCCAACGGCAGCAACAAACAUAAAUACAAAUACAUUGAAUGGCAAUGAUAACCAUAAAACUGCAGCAGUGAAUAACAACAGCAACAACAUCAAUUGUAAUAAUAAUAACAACAACUCUAAUAAUAAUACUCUCAAUGUUGUGGGUGAUCAACACAGUGCUUUAAUGAAUGAAUUCAAACAGGCCCAUAAACGCAUGUUUAAGAACGGCUUUAAAGAAUGUGGCAACAUUGGAGAUUCUAUGAAAAAUCGGGAUCGAAAGGAGGCACUGUUAAAUACCACAAUAUUGGAUGAUGCUGGUACCUGUCGAUCCAAAGGACCGGUACAAACAAAACAACAACAAAAUGACACAAUGGAUAGUAGAGAGCCGAACAAACAGGAGACAAACAGUCAUAUACCAAAACCACCGCCUCUACAAAUGACCAACAACAACAACACCUUUAAAGCCAACAAUACCACAACAACUCCAGCCACUCACAGCACUAAAACCUUUGCAGAUUCACGUUUAACAAAUGGUGUUCAAAAUGGAAAUGCUUACAAUGGGAAUGACACCUACAGCAGGCCUAACAAAUCAUCAUCUGCUUCUACCAAUGGUUACAACAACAACACUGCUACCAACAACACUCAAGCAAAUAGACAAACUUUACGUUUGGGCACUGUUACCAUAGGAGAAUAUCGUCAACCUUCCAAUAUGAGAAGAGAACCAGAAAAAUUCGAUUUUUUAACGGCACAAAAGAAGGGAAGAGAUUCAGGUGAUACCACACCUACAAAUGAGGCCUUACAAAGUGAAUUACAAAGUACUCUGUCACGAGCAAAUCUACGCAAAUCCAAUGGCAAUUCAUAUACCGAACAUCAGCGCAAUUGUCCUUUACAUCAGCAACAGCAGCAAUUGCAACAACGGCAAAGCGUCGAUUAUGGCAAUAAUGGUUUUUCGGUAGAGGAAAUAUCUAAGAAAUUACAAAAAUCAUCUAUAAAUGAUAAUCAUUCGGGAGAAAUGUUGACGAAAACAAAUAAUCGGCCGAUGAAUGGUGCCUCUGGAACGACAGGAGUUGGUAUUUUAAAGAAUGGUAAUCGUAAUGGCUCCAGUAGUAGUAAAUCUACAGAGAAAUCGAUUAAGUUUGGUUAACGUUUAGGAAAAAUCUAUUAAAAAUAAUGUUAAAUUUGGGAAGCAUUUCGAAUAUGCAAAAAAAAAAAUUAUGUCACAAAGUAUAUUUUUGCUAAUUACUGCUUAAUUGUGUUAUAAAUUGUUAUAAUUUUUAUUUCGCCUGGCCUUUUAAUAUCUACGAUUGUUUUUUAUACUUAUACUUUAAGAAAAAUUUUGUUAAAAAUUAAAGUUUAUUAUAAAUUUUUAAUUUUAAGCAGAGUAUAAUUUAGUUUUAUGUGCAAUAAAAUCUCAAAAUGUAUAUAAAUAAUAAAAAUAAAUAAAAAUAAGAAAACAA